UCAUGUUGCAUUCCUGUAUUUUCGUCCAACGCCAUCUUAAUAUUUUUCUCCUCUUGUCUUUGUCUUUGUUCCUAAGUGUGUAGGUCUUAAAAUAAAUUUUUCGUCUUUCAACUUUUUAAUUUUAAUUCUUACAAGAAGUCUCGAGUUAUAAUUUAGUUCUUACAAAGUUAGUUACAACUCAUCAUUCGAUAGUACUUAGGUGUUCUUUUCUUGCUUUAUGUGAUUUGGUAUUUCAAAAAAAUAAAUUGAGCGAAGAGUUAUGUUAUUAAAUGUUGAAUGUUCUAAGGCUGUAGUCAUUUAUUGAGCAUAACCAUAUUAUAACUGAAAUUAUUUCAAAAUGAAUGACCAAGAGAAAAAUGCUAAUUUAAUGGAUGUUUGCAAUGAAUUUGAUAAAACUUGUAGUUCGCCCAAUAACACAACUUUCCAUAGUUUUAAUAACAUAGACACUAGUCAAUCAGUCUUGGAAAGCGACUUGAAUCAAAAUCUCAGUGAUCCUGUGAAAUACUUUGAUUUGCAACGCAUGAUCAUCGAUCAAAAGAAUGCAACAAUGGCAUUAAAAAUGUCCGAGUAUGAAAAAGCAUUAGGUGAAAGAGAUUAUACCAUUCAAUCCUUGCAUACAAAUAUGAUGAAUUCUCAAAACAAUAACUAUAUAUUGAAUAAUCAAUGCAAGAAUAUAAUGGAAAAGACAAAGUCAGUAAAUGAUACUUGUACCCGCCUUAAUGAAAGUUUUGCAAAUAUUUGUGAACGUUUGAACAGACUUGGCGAAACAGUAGAUAAUGCAAGAACCAGACAAAAAGAUGUUAUGACACUGGUAGAUCAAACUACUAGUACAUUUCAAGAAAAAAUUUUGAGUAUUUCAGAUACUAUUGAUGAGUCCUUAAAGCAAGGUACUGUAGUAACUAUGGAAAAGAUAAGAACAAAAAAAGAUUUGGAAAUAUUGGAAAAUAAGUAUUCACUAGAUAUAGUUGGUUUUAAAACAAAUUUACAAGAAUGUACUAAUGAAAUAGAAUACUUAAAAAAAGAAAAUCAUUUUUUGUCUGAAAAAUUGAAUGAUGCCAACUUAAAAUUAAAUGAAGAAAAAGAAACAUUAUUGAAUCUUAGUCAAAAUUUUGAAAUACAACUUGGAGAGAUGAAAGAUCAAAAUCUAGAACUUAUUAAUCAAAAUAAAUCCAUAAAUGAAAAGUAUGAUGAAAUAAAAUCUAAAAAUCAAACUUUGUUGGAUGAAAUUGACACACUGAAAACUUCUCUAAUUGAAAACAGUAAACAGCUAGAAAUACAAUUAAGUAUGAUUAAAGAUCAAUCAGAAUUGUGUCAUAAUCUAAAAAUAUUUGAAGAAUUAAAUGAAAAAUUAAAAAAAGAUAAUUAUACAUUAAAAGAACAGAAUGAAUACCUUGAACAAAUAAAUACAAAUUUGGUGGAUGAUAUUAGUAAUAUUAAAUUAUCUCAACAUGGAAUUCAAGAAGAAACAGAAAAUAAAUUUAAAAAUAUGUGUGAAAAUUAUGAUAAUUUACUGAAACUGCAAGAUGAAAAAUUAAAAGAUGUAACUGAAAAGUUAGCAUUACAAAAAGAAAAAGAGAAUAAAAAUCAAAUUGAAGUAAUUGAAUUAAAACAAGAAAUCGAAACAUCUAAUAAAACAAUAACUAGCUUACAAGAAGAAUUACAAGCUAAUUAUAUGUUAAUACCUGAAUUACAAAAUAAAAUUGAUGAUUUAAACAGUAAUUUAGUUAAUAGUUAUCAAAAUCUUAGAGACUCUACUAAAAUACUAGUCACAGAAAAAAAUGAAUUGGAAAAAGAAAAAAAUGAACUAGAAAAUCAAAGCAAAGAAUAUUUUGGUCAAAUUGAAAAACUAACUGCUAGUUAUAUGAAAUAUAAAUCAAAAGCCAAACAAUUAUAUGUGGAAGUUAUGCGACUUAGAUAUCAAUGUUCUCGAUCAGAACCAAAAAAAAAAAUUCAACAAUGUCCUGUAUUAGAUACUAUUGAGAUACUAAGUGAUGAAGAUAAUAUUGAUGAUGACGUGAGUAUAGUUGAAUUUAAUGAUCCAAAUGAAUCAAACAUGAAUAUUAGUUCUACUUCAAGCAAGCCUUUUCAGAAAUCUAACUUGUCAAGUUUAAAAAGAAAUUGUUCACCUUUAAGUUAUACUGGUAGUUCUAAAUUGAAGAAACAUAAAACAUCUGUUGACAUUGCUGCCUCUCACGUAUUAACAAAUAUUCCAUCAAAUGUCUUAAAUCAAAAAAAUAAUGCAAGACAAAUUGAGAAGUUAUUAAAUUCAUCAUUCAAAAGUAUUAGUUUAAAACCCAUAGACAAUAAUGCCAAUAAAAUAGAGAAAAAAAUUGAAUGCGACCAAGACGUAAAUUGUGAUAUUGAUUAUAAUUCAACUGCGACUUCUCAACAAAUAAAAAGUGAUAUAGUUAAUGAAAGUAAUAAUAAUCAAAUUAAAUCAACAUCAAAAACAGAUUUGAAUUCUACUACAAAAAAAAAAUUUAAAAUACCAACUGAUAUUAAGAUAUCUCAAAAAAAAAUUAAAUCGACCAAUAUACCAAAGAUAGAUUGGACUAAACCAAAUUCACCUGUUAUUAUUACUGCUCCUUCUCCUAAACUUCAACCAAAAUUUACUAAAUAAUUUAAAAAUAAGUAAGCAAUUUGAGUAUCAAAAAUAAAAACAUGUAUGAAUUUUGUUGGUAAUUUCUAUUAAUUUUUAUCUUUGUGUGUUUAAUUUUAAUAUCUACAUUUAAUACAAUUGUUUCAAAAAAAAGGAUUGUAAUUAUUAUAUUUUGUAACGUUAUAAUGUAAUAUUUAAAAAAACCUGUUUCCUAGAUUAAGCUCUUGUAUAAUUAUU